UGAAGGGAAGCGGCUUCUGUCUCUUGUCUGCCCGUGCUGCCCUCGCCCUAGCGUUACGAUCCUGCUUCCAGAGGACCGGGUCUUCAGUCUGCGUCUGCCAGACACGCGACAGCCCAUAAUAACGCCCUCACUUCCCCAGCCAUCUCUGUGCUGUCACCGCUCUGCCUCGGUGGGGUUUGGUCUCUGUUGGCUUCGACGGCCUGUCAGCCUACCUCUGCAGUUUGAGUGACCCGCCACAUGUUGCCCCCGGCUAAGUGAGGAUGGAUGACAGACAGGACCGGGUUCAGAUCGGCGAGAACAAGUUCAUCAGCAAGGCUACCCUGCUGACUCACCUCAAGACUUAUAAUCUGUAUUAUGAGGGACAGAAUCUUCAGCUCAGACACAGAGAGGAGGAAGGGGAGUUAAUUGUUGAGGGGUUGCUGAAUAUCUCCUGGGGCCUGAGACGACCAAUCCGGCUGCAGAUGCAGGACGACAAGGAGCGAAUCAGACCCCCUCCUUCUUCUACAUCCUGGCAUUCAGGUUGCAACUUGGGCACACAGGGUAAGGAGAGCUCCCAGAAAGCCCCGCCUACCAUUGAGGUGACAGAGUCUGAGGACAAAUCAGAGCAUGACGCUGAGAGGGAGGAAGAGGAAGCAGAAGACAUGCAUGAGAGUUCCUCUCAGCUCCUGAGGACAAAAAGUGAUGCUGGGGUUUUGAGAAGGGGCCCCCGGAGAUCACCUAGUGAUCAGCGAAAAAUCAGACGCCACAGAUUCUCCAUCAAUGGCCACUUCUACAACCAUAAGACAGCAGUCUUCACCCCAGCGUACGGCUCAGUGACCAAUGUGCGCAUCAACAGCUGCAUGACUACGCCCCAGGUACUGCGGGUUCUGCUCAACAAGUUCAAAAUCGAGAACAGCGCAGAUGACUUUGCCCUCUACCUUGUCCACACCAGUGGAGAGCGUGUGCAGCUGAAGCGCACUGAUCACCCCUUGGCAGUGCGGGUUCUGCAGGGCCCGUGUGAGCAGGUCAGCAAGAUGUUCCUCAUGGAGCAGGACCUUGGGGAGGAGGUCACCUACGAUGUGGCACAGUAUAUAAAGUUUGAAAUGCCAGUGCUACAGAGUUUCAUCACCAAACUGAAAGAGGAGGAGGACAGGGAGGUCCAAAAACUAAGGACCAGGUACACUUCUCUCCGCUGUAUCAUUGAGAAGCAGCUGCAAUGCUUGCCUGAGGGGCCUACUUGUAUGUGACUCCACCCACAGACUCCCAGAAUCCUCUGGAAUCCUCUAAAAGUGGAUAUCCACUAUCCACUUUUCCUCAGGUCACACUUACCUUUAUCCCAACACCCCUCUUUCUCCCUCUAAAUCGUCUUUCCUCCUCUGUCCAGCAAAAAUCCCUUAAAUCUCUUCCCUCUCCCUCCUCUGUGCUCCUAAUUCCAUUUGACUUUACGUAUCAACUGCAGUAGCUUGUCGUAGCAGAGCAAUAAUAUUGAUAACAAUACCAUUUGUUAUUAUGAUGGUUGCAAACUUAAUUCCUCUUGCACUUUUCCUGUGGACGUUGUAACGUAAUGAGCCAGGCGAGCCAAAAAAAAACUUGUAUUCAACAGAAUACAAAGCACAUUCCACCACACAAACUCUGUGUUUCCUUUGCAGUUAAACCUGCUGUGUGUAUUAGCUGGUUGAGCUAUGUACAACUUAUUAUCCAGCAGCUCAAGCUCUCAGUGAGCUACAGUCUGCGGAAAAUGGACAGCAGGCUACCCUUUGCUUUCCAUAGCUGCCCUGCCAAACCCAACUUAACCACCAAUGGGAAGUAACUCCUGUGUGGGAACCGAGAACAGAUUUGAUGAUUCAGUGCCCCAGAGCUGUGGUGCUGGGCACAUCCCAUGACAAAAAGAACAUGAAAGAACAGUGGCGAUGUCACAAAUGAAGAGGUCAGUUGAUCUCAUUUCUUGAACUCAGAUUUGUCAAGGUCUUCUGAAGGGGUACAGUUUGUUGUUGUUGGGCUGUAUAUUUAAGAAGUGCCUGCUCCACCUUUUCCCUUCGGAAUUCUCUCUGCAUUUCAUCAUUUCAACAGUUUGGUCUUUGUGUACGCAUGAAUCAGGAGAUAUGUUUUAACAGAAUGUCAAAAACUUGUGUAGGUGUGAUUCUAUUUUAUCUCUGCCCAACAAAGCACAGCUUGUACAGUGUUAUCACCUGUACGGCAUAGAAUGAUUCUCUUUAAAGAAGAGGUGUUCCUGAAGAUUGUGAAGACAGUUGAUAGCGUCAACUACGAUUUAUUGUUUGAAGGAUUGUGUGUGCAUCAGUGAGAGUGUAAUGUCAUAGGUGUGUCUGCGUAUGUGCACAUUUGACAAUGUCUUGUGUGUGUGCACAUGUGUGCAUGCGUGCAUGCAUGCAAUAUGACUGCAACUGCUACCUUGUGCUGUAAGUGUUUUAUGAAAGAGAAUGUGUGUUGUGGACCGUAUAGGUACAGAAGAUGACCUGGAGAACCAAUCAGAUUUCUAGAUUCACAUUUCAACAGUGUGUAUGCGUGUGUGUGUGUGUAUACAUGCUUACCUUU